AUGAACGCUAGAUUAGCGUCUUCAUCUUCUGAGCCAGAUUCAGCUUCAGAAGAUUCUAAAUCAUCCCAGGUUCGUGUGGGUCUUCCAAAGAAGAACCCUAAAGUUUUGAAACCCGCUUUCACCAUUCCUCCCAAACUGUUACAAUCCCUUGUAGAAGACCCUAAAUGGGAUGAAAAAGGCAGCGUCACACAAAACUACAAUUCCUUCGGCGUCGUCAAUGACCCUAACUCCCUCACUGAUUCUCUUCGAGCUCCUCCUUCUGUCUCCGAUGACCCCAACGAUUCCGGCAGUGACCUCGAAGAAGACGGACAACCUCAUGAGGUGGCGGAAUCGAGUGGUAUCGUAGCUAUAUGGCUUAUACCUUUGCAUUUCAGUUUUGCGUUUCAGUUUCCUCUUCAGAGGUUUCUACAGUGCCAGCUGAAAACAGGUGUGAUUGCAUGGGUUUCUCUUUUGGGUUUAGUGGUGAAUGUUGUAUUGAGUUGGUUGUUGGUUUAUGUUUUGGAUUUUGGGCUUAUUGGUGCUGCAAUAGCUUUGGAUGUUUCAUGGUGGGUAUUGGUAAUUGGGAUGUUUGGGUACACAGUUUGUGGGGGUUGUCCUUUGACUUGGAAUGGUUUUUCAAUGGAAGCAUUUUCUGGCCUUUGGGAAUUCUUCAAACUGUCAUUAGCUUCAGGGGUGAUGCUUUGUUUAGAGAAUUGGUAUUACAGGAUACUGCUGCUUAUGACAGGUCAGUUGGAAAAUGCAACAGUUGCUGUUGAUGCAUUGUCUGUAUGUAUGACUAUCAAUGGAUGUGAAAUGAUGAUUCCAUUUGCCUUCUUUGCCGGUACCGGGGUGCGAGUGGCGAACGAACUUGGAGCAGGAAAAUGGAAGUCAGCAAAAUUCGCAAUGCAAGUAUCACUCGUACAAUCAUAA